AUGGUUGCUCUAGUGGACCUACCCACAGAAUUACUCGUCAACAUCGUGACGGAGACUGCUCGGGUAUGGCCGCACGCGCUCUGGCAGCAGCCUAUGAAUCCCUUCAAGCGACUAGAGGACGACUCGAAGAAGGUCGAUACGAGCCAGCAGCCACACCCCUUCUCCGAAUGCCCUGCGAAAGGCAGGAACUGCACGCUCUGCACCGAUACUAAGCUGGGAUUCAUCUCCCUCACGCAUGUUUGCCGCACUCUGCGCGAGAUCAUCAUCUCCAUGCCAGACUUAUGGACGUUCAUAAGCGAUGCGGGAUACCCGUACCCCGACGUGAAGUGGCUACAGACAUUCUUGGCGCGUAGCCAGGACUUGCCGCUCAACUACUACCACCGCGUGGAUUGGGGACUACACGACCAAAGCCGAGGUCUUAAGCUUCACGACAUAUACUCUAAAGCCUUGCCAAGGAUUCGGACGCUGAACCUAUCUGUCAGAGGAGGCCCUCCUACGCUCGAUAUAUUCUCAGAGUUUAUGCCCGACGCGAAGUCCCUGGAAAGCCUGGUGCUUCUGCGCGUCCCCACAUAUCCUUUACGUCUUUCAGACCAAUCGCCCUCCACACGCCUUCGCGAGCUGGAUCUGCUGGCCUUUGACCCGACUAGUAUGCCUUGGCAGCACGAUGGCGUGCGCAACCUCACGCGUCUUCGUCUGGUCUUCGCGCACAUGCGCCCUGCGUCCUUCGCCAGCCUCCUGAAUGGCCUACGAAUGUUACGCAGCAUAGAAACACUAAACCUGCGAAACAUACCUGUCCUCAUCUCCGAGGAAGCCGAGACGGCUCUCGAUAUCGAGGACGUCGCCUUCUCGCAUCUCAAGACCCUGACGUUGCACGGUCGUACGCGCGGUGUCAUGGAGCUAUUGAGCCGCAUCACUGCCCCGAACGUACGCUCAGUCGACCUCACUUGCUUCAAGUUCAUAGCAGAGAUCAAGCCCGUCCUUGCACGGCUCUCACAAUGGGUCCCCGGACUCGCUCCAUCCCGAAACAGCGAUCUGCGCGAUAACUUCGUGACGGCGAGCAUCAUACACGACGAGUCCAAGUCAACUCUGACUCUCUGCCUCUCGCGCACACCCGAUGCGGAGGACGGUCCGUUCCACUUUCGGGUCACGGCCGAUUGGGAGCAGCGGUGGGCCACAGAAGGAGAGGAGGACCAGGAGAAUCUGAGUCCAGCGGAUGUACUCGAGAUCAUUGUGCCAACCGUCGUGGAUCCCGGUGCCGCAUCGCGCGUCAAACACCUCACCGUAUGGCUGGACGCCUGCCCGUCGGAGAGCCUGCGGAGGUGCAUCUUGCCAUUCACCUCCGUAUCUACGUUGUCCGUCCGCGGAGUCAGGACGGCAUCGCGUUUGGUUGAGCUCAUGGCGCAGAGUGACACCGUCGACGCGUCGGCAUCCUCACUCUUCCCGGAGCUUACAAUGUUCCAAACGAUCGCGAUACAGGAUAACCAUGAAUAUCUGGAUGACCAAAUUGCGACCAUGGCGAAAUCCCGAGCACAAAGAGGGCAAGCGAUUCAAUGGCGAAUACUUCGUCCGUAA